AUGUGCUGGUUGUUGAGCCUCAGCAGGGGGAUCCAGCAGAGACUGUCUGCCUGCCUGUCCCCUGCCUUUCCCACGGCCAGCCCCAUGGCCCAGGACCCAGCCCUAUGGCCCAGGACCCAGCCCUAUGGCCCAGGACCCAGCCCCAUGGCCCAGGACCCAGCCCCAUGGCCCAGGACCCAGCCCCAUGGCCCAGGACCCAGCCCCAUGGCCCAGGACCCAGCCCCAUGGCCCAGGACCCAGCCCUAUGGCCCAGGACCCAGCCCCAUGGCCCAGGACCCAGCCCCAUGGCCCAGGACCCAGCCCUAUGGCCCAGGACCCAGCCCUAUGGCCCAGGACCCAGCCCCAUGGCCCAGGACCCAGCCCUAUGGCCCAGGACCCAGCCCCAUGGCCCAGGACCCAGCCCCAUGGCCCAGGACCCAGCCCUAUGGCCCAGGACCCAGCCCCAUAGACCAGGACCCAGCCCCAUAG